AUGUCGCGUUGCCACAUGAACGAGGAUGAUACCUUCUCGGCGACAGUAACCGCGUACUCCAAGGAAAUGGAAGCAGCCCUUGGCCAGAGGCGGAAAGGGAUGAGCCAGGCCUGGGAAGACGUGGAACGGGGCUGGCACGAGCUCAACCAAUGCAGAAUCGAUGCUGGCAUCACCAAACCCUUUGGCUCCCAGGAAGGCAUGCUGAGGUUGAACGUGGGUGGCUCGCAUUUGAGAUUCCGCCGCUGCGUCCUUGAUGGCAAGAAAGAACCGUCCGCUACCUGGGCCCUGGGCAACCUGUUCGAAAGCGUGUGGGACGACCGCCUCCCGCGAGACAGCGAUGGACGGAUCGUGCUGGACAAGUCCCCGGCUUGCGUCAAGGACCUCAUUCACUCGCUCAUAGAGAGCUCGGGAGCGGCACCGGGCUCCCUGCCCCGCGGUGAGACGUUAGCCCCAGACGAGAUGGCGUACCUGCCCCAUGUCGCCCGCGCUCUCGGGUUGUCCGCGUACAUACCUCUCCAGGGUAUGGAAGUAGUAGGCGGGACAACGAUCCUCAGCCACUGUGAGGUGGGGGAACUGACGGCAACGCUUCAGGGCUGGUGCCCUGGUAACCCCAACACCAUGCAACUGCUCUACCGCGCCUCUCGAGACGACUGGAGUCCGUACCCGUUUCAUGCUAGUUGCGGGAACAACAGCCCCAACACGAUCACGUUGCUAAGGGUUGGCGCCAGUGCAAGCAUCGUUGGCGGCUUCUCGAGCGUGCCUUGGAGUCCUCACGCAUACGGUGGGGAUUCGGUCAUGAGCUCUCUCGGGGCGUUCAUAUUCAUGCUCAAAGAUAGUGAUAUGGGAGGACCCAACAGCUUUCAGCCAGUGAAGUGGAGCAAGAGGGAUAACAACGGAGGAUACGACGUGGUUGUUGGUGCCAGUCGCGGACCUUUCUUUGGGCGAACCGACUUGGUCGUCAACUUCACCUACGUUCCCGUAACUCUUCAGGCACAGCCGUACAGUUACGACGUCCCGUCAGUCCCAGCGUUCCCUAAUCUCAACGGCCAAACUAUCACGGAAAUCGAGGUAUUUCAAGUGAACAUUUGCAAUGCAAUCGCCGGCGCCCUCAUGGAGGAGCGAAUCGCAUUGUACCAAGCCGAAGCCGAGCUCGAACAUGCACACAGCAAAGCGGCGGUAUCCGGCCGCGCGUUGGCUGCGGUGUACGGUCCCGAGGUUGCACGUGGUGCCAUCGAUACGGUGGUGGAGCUCAGCGUGCGGGGGACCAGAAUGACGACCUUACGCUCGACUCUGCGGGCCUGCCGCGAGUCCGCCCUCGCCGCUUUGUUCAACGAGGACAAGUGGCCGGCCACCGACAAGGACGUGGACGAGCAAGGCCGACGUCUGAUCAACUGCAGCCCUGCCGUGUUUCAGAAGGUUUUGGACGUGCUGCGCAUGAGAAAGCGCGCGGCCUGGGCGGCUUCUGACCGAGAAUCGGCACAUGUUCGUGUGGACGCAGCUGACCGCCCGGCGUUUGAUAGUUUUGUCAACAUGUUCUUCCCAGGCUUCGAGAACUUUAUCACGGACAUGGUCGUUCCUCAAGGGUCUGCCCGGAGCGGCCAGUGCACCUCGUGA